UCCAAGGAAGCUAGGGCCGCGUUGGGGUGAGGCCCUCACUUCAUCCAGUGACUAGCACCGUACCGGCAGUCCGCAACAUGGUCUCCGUCUCCGAGCUCGCCUGCAUCUACUCCGCCCUCAUCUUGCAUGACGACGAGGUGACUGUCACGGAGGACAAGAUCGAUGCCCUCAUUAAAGCAGCUGGUGUCAGUGUUGAACCUUUCUGGCCUGGCUUGUUUGCAAAGGCCCUGGUCAAUGUCAACAUUGGGAGCCUCAUCUGCAACGUAGGGGCUGGUGGGCCUGCUCCGGCCGCUGGAGCCGCGCCAGCGGGCCGUCCUGCCCCCUCAACUGCUGCUUCCCCAGCUGAAGAGAAGAAAGUGGAAGCAAAGAAGGAAGAAUCUGAGGAGUCUGAUGACGACAUGGGCUUUGGGCUUUUUGACAAACCUCUUUUGUUAACAUGUCCAAUAAAAAAGAUGCUCCGGAACCUGAAGCUGUUUGCAUUCCAGAGACUCCUGCCCAAGCUAUUUGCGUUCGCCGUAAAUGAAACGUGA